UAGUGUGUUAGUUUCGUGGCGCGGUGCGCAUGCGUACUACGUGUCCUUCUCUCGUAGCGAGACGCAACGGGUGUUGAAUGCGUUAUAGCGCGGCCGUUUGACCACAUGUUAUCAAUUGAGUAAAACUUCGAAGAAGUUGUGAAAAUAUCCGCCGUUUAAACCCAGUUUCAUGGAAGACUCUGGUGAGCCCAUGACCGGGAUGUUGGACACGAAUGCCCCUGAUAACGGGGAUGCUCCUGCUAUGGAGGGCACUGACCCGACUGCGACUGGCUGGACGGCUCCUCCGCAGGAUCGGGAAAGCCACGAGUAUCCGAUCCAGCAGCCGUCUGCUUUAGAACAAUACCAGCUGUACUCCAUGGAGCAUCUGAAGUCUGCAGCGGAGAACAUCAACCACACGGCCAGUCCUCCAGACGCCGGAGCGGAGAGCCUCGUGCAGCAGACGGACUCAAACGGACAGCAGGACGAGGUGAAGCCGGCCGGAGACGGCGACUCCGAGAGCCCUUCCAAUAUGGAGCUGGAAGACGCUCCCAAAGAAACCACAGAAGCGGUGGAACCGGCGACAGACGCAGAUCCAGCCGUCACACAAGAACCUGCGCUUCCUGCAGAUUACGAGCGGCUCUUUAAAGUUGUAGAGGAUAAUCCUGAAGACUUCAACGGCUGGGUCUACCUUCUGCAGUAUGUUGAGCAGGAGAACCACCUGGAGGCUUCGAGGAAGGCGUUUGAUGCCUUUUUUCUACACUACCCCUACUGUUACGGCUACUGGAAGAAGUAUGCAGAUAUUGAGAAGAAACACGGCUACAUACACAUGGCCGAUGAGGUCUACCGUCGAGGUCUGCAGGCUAUUCCUCUCAGCGUGGACCUGUGGCUGCAUUAUAUCACUUUCCUGCGAGAAAACCAAGACACUAGCGACGGAGAGGCGGAAUAUCGCAUCAGAGCGUCCUAUGAGCACGCCGUUCUAGCCUGUGGCACUGAUUUCCGCUCCGACCGUCUGUGGGAGGCUUUCAUCGCUUGGGAGACGGAGCAGGGCAAGCUGGCCAACGUCACAGCCGUCUACGACCGCAUCCUGUGUAUUCCCACGCAGCUGUACUCCCAGCACUUCCAGAAGUUCAAAGAGCACGUCCAGAGCAACAACCCCAAGCACUUCCUGUCUGAGGAGGAGUUCGUGCAGCUGCGGGUGGAGCUGGCUAACGCUAACAAGCCCAACGGAGACGACGCUCCGGGAGAAGAGCUUCCUCCGGGAACAGAGGACCUGCCGGAUCCCGCCAAGAGAGUGACGGAGAUCGAGAACAUGAGGCAUAAGGUGAUCGAGACCCGCCAGGAAGUGUUCAACCACAACGAGCACGAAGUCAGCAAGCGCUGGGCCUUCGAGGAAGGGAUCAAGCGUCCGUACUUCCACGUCAAAGCCUUGGAGAAGACGCAGCUGAACAACUGGAGGGAGUACCUGGACUUCGAGCUGGAGAACGGGACGCCGGAGCGUGUGGUGGUUCUGUUCGAGCGCUGUCUGAUCGCCUGCGCGCUCUACGAGGAGUUCUGGAUCAAGUAUGCCAAGUAUCUGGAGAGCUACAGCGUGGAAGGCGUCCGACACAUCUUCAAGAAGGCCUGCACCAUCCACCUGCCCAAGAAACCCACCGUGCACCUGCUCUGGGCCGCGUUUGAGGAGCAGCAAGGCAGCGUGGAGGAGGCGCGGCGGAUCCUGAGGGAGAUGGAGGAGGCUGUUCCUGACCUGGCCAUGGUGAGGAUGAGGAGGGUGAGUCUGGAGCACCGGCACGGACACAUGGAGGAAGCAGAAGCCCUGCUGAGGGAUGCCAUCACCAACGGGAAGAACAGCAGCGAGGCGUCCUUCUACGCUGUGAAACUGGCCCGACAGCUGCUCAAAGUGCAGAAGAGCAUCGGGAAGGCCAAGAAAGUGCUGCUGGACGCCGUCGAGAAGGAUGAGACGAACCCGAAGCUGUACCUGAACCUGCUGGAGCUGGAGUUCAGUGGCGAUGUGCAGCAGAACGAGGCCGAGGUCAUCGCCUGCUUCGACCGAGCGCUGAACAGCACCAUGUCUGUGGAGCAGCGCGUCAUCUUCUCCCAGCGCAAGCUCGACUUCCUGGAGGACUUCGGCAGCGACAUCAACCUGCUGGUGUCGGCGUAUGAACAGCAUCAGAGACUCGAGGCGGAGCAGGAUUCACUGAAGAGGAAAGCAGAGAACGGCUCAGAGGAAUCGGACUCAAAGAGACAGCGGACAGACGACCAAUCAGCAGCCUCGGGUCAGAUGAUGCAGGACAUGCAGGCCAAUCACGCUGGAUACAACUACAACAACUGGUACCAGCAGUAUAACUCAUGGGGUCAGAACUCCUGGGGUCAGUAUGGUCAGUACGGUCAGUAUAACCAGUACUACCCACCACCUCCAACAUAACGGACUGCACCAGCCGUUUCUUCUGCUCCUUCAGCUUCAACAUUCGUCCCGUCUCCAGUCACACGCUCUGUGUUUUCUGUUUUUGGCACCAGCUCUUUUCCUUCUAAGUGCAAGUGAGUUUUUAAUGAGCCGAGUUGGUUUAGUGCUUCUGGAGCUUUAGUUGUGUUCGCAGACAGAUUGACAUUCGUUUGGAAGACCUGAUCCUCAUCUCUGCUCCUCAGAGAGAAACAUUAAACAUUAAGACGUUUUUUAUUUUGACUUGGUUUCAUAAUAAAGAGAUUGAGAUCCUA